CUUAUUACUUAAAAGCGGCCGUAGAUCGCGACCCCAGGGAAGAGCGUUGUGUAGGACACAAUAUUGCAGUCAAAAUUACACAGCUACUACAGCGGCGCUGCAUCGUCCCAUCAUCACUCAACCUCACCGAAUCGCUAUCUAACACAAGAGCCGGAAGGUGGGUGGUGGGUUGGUGGGUGUAUUGUGGAUGGAUGAAAAACGCACGAAUAUGAGCUGUCUCGUGCAUGCCAAACCCGGAAAAAAUUAUGAGUUGCGAUAUCGCCCUCCCCGUGUGCCACACCACAUAAACUCUUAAGAAAUAUGGUUAAAAUGCCUUCAAGAAGGAGGGAGGGCAUGUUUUUGUGCCUUGAAACUCGUUGUAGUCGUGCUCUCUCUUCUUUCGCAAUCUUACCCUGUGCUAUUUUCCUAUCUUUGCUGGCACACGAAGGAAAAGGGCAGACAAAAAAAGAGUCGGGCUAAAGAAGCAUGUGGGACGCCAUCAGAGAGUCCAGCAUCGGACAAAUCAUCCGACUUGUCUUUCGGCGCCCAGACCUGUUCCCCUAUCCCGAGGAACUUGCGUCUUUCCAGCUCCCGGCUGGUUUAAGCCUGACUUCUAGUGUUCUACUCGACCGCAAACUCGAAGAUGAGCUGAAGAAGCAGGAGGCUUGCGUCGAGCAGUCUUCGUUCUUUCCUACGGAGACAACGGCGACGCCUGCAUCAGAGAAAGACCUUGAGGCGGGAGUAACCUGGGAUAACGGGUUACCUAGCCCGGAUACCAUAACGCCUGACUACAAUGGCAUAACAUCAACCCAAACCACAACAACACCUACCUCCACACCCACGCCCCCAGAAGGCGGGAAGCGCGACCCCGUGGUCGUAGACUGGUACGAUGCCUCUGACCCCUCAAACCCACGGAACUGGACCUUCGCCAAGAAAGUCUGGAUCACAACACAAAUGGGACUAUACACAUUCGCCGUAUAUAUCGGCUCAUCUCUAUACGCGCCAAGCGAAGAGCAAAUCAUGGUAGCCUUCGACAUGGGCUACGAAGCCGCGGCGCUAGGAAUCGCGUUAUAUGUAGCGGGCUACGGGCUCGGGCCUUUGCUUUGGUCGCCGUUAUCCGAGAUCCCGGCGGUAGGACGCACGGCGAUUUAUAUCGUCACGUUUUUCGUUUUCACGUGGUUGGCGCUGGGCGCUUCGGUCGUGGAUAAUUUUGGAGGGUUGAUGACGUUGCGGUUUUUACUGGGUUUCUUUGGAUCCCCGUGUCUGGCGACUGCGGGCGCGACGUUGGAUGAUAUGUUUGCGCCGUGGAAAUUACCGUAUGUGUUGACGGUUUGGUCGUCGUCGGCCACUUUGGCUCCUGCGUUAGGUCCUAUAGUGGCUGGGUUCGCUGUUUCGGAGAUGGGCUGGCGGUGGAGUGGAUGGGAGUUAUUCUGGUUGUCGGCGCCGGUGUGGCUUAUCAUGUUCGCAUCAUUGCCGGAGACUAACCCGGACACAAUCCUACAUCGACGGGCAGCGCGACUGCGCGCAUCCACAGGGCGAACUGAAUUAACCUGUGAAGAAGAUCUCAAGCGCGCGCAUAUGACUAGCACGCGACAGAUCGUAGUCGACGCCCUGAUCAAGCCUUGGCAGAUCAACGCAUUGGACCCUGCCGUAUUGUACACCACUGUAUACGCAUCUGUUUUAUAUGCAACUUACUAUUCUUUUUUCGAAGCCUUCCCACUUGUAUUUACUGACAUGCACGGCUUCAACCUCGGGGAAUCUGCGCUUCCAUUCCUGGCUUUUCUACCGGGCCUCGUGAUCGCCGUGACAGGCUACAUCAUUUGGUUCCGUCUGAAGGCCGAGCCCAUGAUGCGCAGGAAUCCUCCGCCCUUAUACGGAUAUCCCGAGAGCAGACUACUCCCGGCUGUUAUGACGACGCUCCUGGCACCAAUUGGGUUAUUUAUGUUCGCAUGGACCGCACGCCCCGACAUCCACUGGAUCGUGCCAAUCAUCGGGUUAAUGAUAAUGUUCAUCUGCGUCGUCAUCGCCUUCCAAUGCAUGAAUUUCUACAUCGCGCGGUGCUACCCGAAAUACUCCGCCUCCCUCUUCGCGGCCAACACCUUCGCGCGGAGUAUUUUCGCCGCCGGUUCCAUUCUCUUUUCACGCCCUAUGUACGAGUCCCUCGGUGUCGGUGGUGGUGUUAGUUUAUUAGGUGGUUUAUCUGUGCUUUGCGCUUUCGGAAUGGCUUUUCUGUAUCGCUACGGGGCUGGGCUGAGGACUAGGAGUAGAUUUGCGCAAUCGUCUUGA